AUGCCGCCUUCCGGCCCACGUGUCCCGCCGAAAGGGUCUCGAGAACUAAGACCACCAGGAGAGCCUCGGCCGCUGCAGCGGGUGUCACAGGUACAAAACCAAGCAGACGAGGUGAAGAGGCUGCAGAAGCAAGCGGGUGAUUUAGUGCGUAGCCAUGAUCUGAGAGGGGCAAUACACCUGUUCGAAGAAUGUAAGGCGGAGAUUAACGAUGCUUUGGAUGGCCUGCCCAAGGACGACCUUUGCUAUUCCAGUCUUACCGAGACCAAGAGGAGCGUCGAAGACAAGAUUUCCAAGUGCAAGCAAUUCCUGCCGUUCGAGUAUUUCCUCACGGCCCCAAAGUGA